AUGCUGAGAAAUACCAGCCCAAUGAGAAUCAGCAUGAGGCAUUCAUCGAGGUUCGAAUAUGAAGUCUCAUCUCCUGCCAAGGGUUCUGUGGCCAGCCCGGCUCGAAGGAGACACAGCAGUACUAAGUCCCCAUACAAGCCAACGAGAGAUGAUGGUAAAGCUCUUUCACCCCUACCAGGUUUGGAAUUUCGGAGAAAUAGUAUUCCCUUGUUAAGAGCUGAGGAUAAGAGACAUAAGUCUCCCUACAAAUCUGGAGUAGAGGAGCCCAAUUUGGAUAAGAAUGACUUUGUAGGCUCAACAGCGGGGUUGCCUGCACAAGUUGUUGGAGUUGCACUACUAAAUUCUGCUGGACAGUUUGGAAAUGCAAAUAGCAAAACUGAAGAGACUGAAGAAACACUCUUGCAGAAGUCGAUCAUAAAGCCAUUGAAGGAAAUUUUCCAGCGUAUAGUUCUUGGAUUUUUAUUCUGGCAGGCAAAGCAACCAGCUCGUGUCGAAUCUGUCUUAAAGAGUGUGUAUGUAAAUGCCUCCAAUGUAGAUGAUUACCUUGUGGAAUCAAUAACAAGGCCAGCAGCUGACCCCAAUGCUGGAGAAGUCUAUUACAGGUUAAUGACGAGGUUCAUGUUUAAUCAAAGCAAAUACACUCUGGACAGUGUCUUGAGUGAACUCUCGUGCCCAUUGUUGUUGCUGUGGGGUGACUUGGACCCUUGGGUCGGUCCUGCAAAGGCUAACCGAAUCAAGGAAUUUAAUCCGGAAACGUCUCUUGUUAACUUGCAAGCUGGACAUUGUCCACAUGACGAAGUUCCAGAGCUCGCCAACAGGGCGUUGUUGGAUUGGUUGUCAAGUCCAACACCAGAGGCUCCCCUAUAG